AUGAAGAGACUAUUUAAUCUUUUCAUUGGCAUUAGUAUUGCUCUAUUUGCCAUUGCAUUUUAUACCGAGGUUUCAGUUGCCUUGUCACCAUUAUCAUUAAGAGACAUUAGUGUUGGGGAAUCUGACAAGCAUAUUCACUCUCACCACUAUCUCAAAGAAGCCAAACCAACCGUUUUCAACCACAAGAGAACCGUCUCUAUUAAUCAUCCAGAAUAUGCCAAAAAUGUUCGCAAACCAGCCAACUCUGACAAAUUCCUCAAGGAACGUGAUUCCUUUGUUGAUAGAUUAAUGUCAAAGAUGUCAAUCACUGAAAAGAUUGGUCAAAUGACUCAAUUGGAUAUUACUACAUUGACAACCAUUCCAGGCACAAUUGAUAUUAAUGCCACUACAUUGGAAUACAUUUGUAAGACCUUUUAUGUUGGUUCUUUCCUCAAUUCUCCAGUAUCUGGUGGUGUUGUUGGUAACGAUAUCUACACCAUCAACAGUACUACUUGGAUGAGCAUGAUUCAAACCAUCCAAGAAGCUACCAUUGCUGCCUCUCCAAACAAAAUUCCAAUGAUUUAUGGUUUAGAUUCAAUUCAUGGUGCCAAUUAUAUUCAUGAAGCUACUCUUUUCCCACAAGGAACAGGUAUGGGAGCUACUUUUAAUCCAGAUAUUGCUCAUGCUGGUGGUGAAAUUAGUGCCAAGGACACUUCAUCAGUAGGUAUUCCAUGGAUUUUUGCACCAGUUUUGGGUAUUGGAGUGCAACCAUUAUGGCCACGUAUCUAUGAAACCUUUGGAGAAGAUCCAUUGGUUGCUGCUGUUAUGGGUGCCGCCACUGUCGCCGGUUUACAAGGAGACAACAAUCCAUUUACCAGUUCGAUCAAGCCACCCUCUGUCGUUGCCACUGCCAAGCAUUUCUUUGGUUACUCUGAUCCAGCCUCUGGCAAGGAUCGUACUCCAGCUUGGAUUCCAGAACGUAUGUUGCGUCGUUACUUCCUCCCCUCUUUUGCCGCCGCCAUUGGUGAUGCCGGUGCCGGUACAGUCAUGAUCAACAGUGGUGAAGUCAAUGGUAUCCCAAUGCACGCCGACAAAAAGUACUUGAACGACGUCCUCCGUAACGAACUCACCUUUGAAGGUGUUGCCGUCACUGAUUGGGAAGAUAUCGAAAAGUUGGUCUAUUUCCAUCACGUCGCUGCCGAUGAGCCAGAAGCCAUCUUGAUGGCACUCGACGCCGGUGUCGAUAUGUCUAUGGUGCCAUUGGACUACUCUUUCCCAAUCAUUCUCAAGCAACUCGUCGAUGAAGGUCGUGUCGAGGAAUCCCGUCUCGACGUCUCUGUUCGUCGUAUCCUCAACCUCAAGUAUGCCCUCGGUCUCUUUACCAACCCAUACCCCAACCCACAAAACCCAUACCUCGGCACCAUCGGUUGCUUUGAAGAUCGUCAAGUCGCCAUGGAUGCUGUCGGUGAGUCUGUCACCCUCCUCCAAAACAAAAACAACGUCCUCCCACUCGACCCAUCCAAGAUUAGCAAUAUCCUCCUCACCGGUCCAUCUGUCGACUCGCUCCGUAACCAAAAUGGUGGUUGGUCCAUCCACUGGCAAGGUGCCGUCAACGACGCCGAAAUCCCUUACGGUUCCACCAUUUUGGACGGUGUCUUGAACUACUUUAACGGCUCGCAAUCCUCUGUCACUUACCAACCAGGCACCCAAGUCGGUGUCUUGAACCAAACCAUGAUUGACCAAGCUGUCGCUGCCGCCGUCCACGCCGACGCUGUCAUUAUCGCACUCGGUGAAUUGCCAGAAGCCGAAACACCAGGAGACAUUAGCGACCUCGAGAUUGACAUUGCUCAAUCGACCUUGUUGCAAGCUAUCCGUGCCGCCACUACCGCACCCAUCAUCCUCGUCAUCAUCGAAGCCCGUCCACGUGUAUUCGAUCCACUCUUGAUUGCCCAAAUCGAUGCUGUCCUCAUGGCCUACCUUCCAGGCAGUGACGGUGGUCAACCCAUCGCCGACAUUAUCUUUGGCAAGAUCAACCCAUCCGGUAGACUUCCACUCACCUAUCCAGCCUUUACCGGCGACAUUGGUGUUCCCUACUACCACAAGUACUCGGUGAACGGUGUCACUGCCCCACUCUUUGAGUUUGGAACCGGUCUCUCUUACACCAACUUUACCUACACUGACAUUUGCUCCAACGCCACUGCCAUCGGAGGUGCCAACUACACUGCCCAAAUCGGAGACUAUGUCUCCAUCUCGAUCAACGUCACCAACAUUGGUCAAGUUGAAGGCAAGGACUCUGUCUUGCUCUAUCUCUCCGACUUGUACGCCCAAGUCACCCCGGAAGUCAAGAUGCUCCGUUCUUUUACAAAGGUCGACCUCGUUCCACAACAAUCGGUUCAAGUCGAAUUUGUCCUCCAACCAUAUGACUUUUCCUUUAUCGGUAUCGACAAUACCGCCGUCAUUGAAUCUGGUCAAUUUGUUAUUGCUAUUGGUGAUCAACAAAUUUGGUUAAAUUUACUCUAA